GUGUGCGUGUGCAUUUCCUUGGACUUGCUUCAUGAAUUGAGGCUGACAAGAGUUAAAAGAAAUUGUUUCAGUUAUUUUCCCUUUUAUACACUUUGUUUUCAUUUGAGCGAAGCCACAGCAACUCCCAGAAAAGGACUCGGCAAUGUUUGCUUGUUCUCUCUGUGUGAGCAACUCUCCGCGUCAGGGGUGGACGUGAUAUUUCAAACAGCACAUCAGUGCGUUUAUGUAUUGGGUGCCCGGAAAUUUUUCCAAAUAAACACAGCUUGAUUCAACCUGGGUGGGCAGACUUAUCAAGCGACUAAUUCUAUAAACAGAUGAGGGAAUAACCCGGCACCUCAUUGGUUGUUGGGCAGAGGGGGGGACGUGAGGGAGUUUCAGCGCAAUGAAAUUUUAAUUAAUGUGGGUGGGCUGAGAACACCACCGACUGUUUAUGAUGGACAAUUUAUUUCCCAGUGCAAAGUCAACAUAACACAGCAAACGUACAACAAUUAUUAACAUUUUUUGGGGCCCUCAUGAGGCUGGGGAGUCACUCAGUGGAGGAGAGGAGCUCCGGGAGCAGGCUCAACUUUCCCCGGGACACACUUCUCCGGCGUCAUGACUCUCUACCACGGCCGUCUGUCGUCGCUCGGAGUGCCAUCCUCGGCUCUGAGCCUCACCGGUCCCCCGCUCAUCUAUCUGUACGGAGGGGACAGCGGAGGGGUCGUACCGGCCGGCCUGAGCUUCGUGCCGGCUCGCCAGGAGCCUCCGCAGAAGCCGCCUUACAGCUACAUCGCGCUCAUCGCCAUGGCCAUCAAGAGCGCACCGGAGCAGCGCGCAACGCUCAGCGGCAUCUACCAGUUCAUCAUGGACCGGUUCCCGUUUUAUCACGACAACAAGCAGGGAUGGCAGAACUCCAUCCGCCACAACCUCUCCCUGAAUGACUGCUUCAUCAAGGUGCCCAGAGAAAAAGGCCGGCCGGGCAAAGGCAGCUACUGGACGCUGGACACCAAGUGCCUGGAUAUGUUUGAGAACGGCAACUACCGCCGGAGGAAGAGGAAGGCAAGGAGCCACCAGGAGGCUGUGGACUCCAAAGCCGCUGGACACAAGCGCACCAAGAGCCUGGGAGCAACCAAGGACCCUCAAUCCUGUCUGAGACAUCAGACUGGCUCGGGGACAGCGGAGGUGCCAACCAGGAGGGAUGCGGAGAGGAUGGAGACACAAGCAGAGACAAAAUCUGUUCUUGUCGAGUUUAACCACGCGGAGCAGCCGCAAACCCCCCCGACACUGAGACUUAAAGUGUCCCCUAGCCAGGACACCCUUACGUCCACAGGGAGGAGGCUGGACGCCUCUCCGCCGGAGCCAUGUCCCGCUCCGAGACACGCUCCGCUGUGGAUGGACGGUCCGCAUCUCCCAGGGGCGUCCCUCCACCUGGAGCCAGAGGAGAGGUCAGCGUUCAGCGGGAGAGAAAGAGAGAGAGGUCCACUGUGCGCCGUCAGCUGUGCAGGAAACACAAACUUGGCUGCAAUUGCGCAGGACAGGCCGAAAGGAAACGUUCCGAGCCGGGAUAAAUUAAAAGGAUUCAGCAUCGAGAGUAUCUUAUCGAAAAGUGAAGACGAAAUGCGCAGCAGCAUCCUCGGAUUGUCAACGGAGACAGAGGGCCAAAGUCCCGCGUUCAGUUCGUCUGUGGUCCUCCACGCUCGACCUCAUCAGUUGUACCAGAUGGGAUUCCCCUUCUGCUCUUACAUGUCACUCACCUACCCCGACAAAGUGCUGCAUUUCAAAUGAGUACAAGGACGAAUUUUGGACUUUUAGUGAAUUUUACGCACAGACGCGUAAAAAGCCUGUAAUCAGCUUUGCAUGAUGAGUUCAUAUGAGACACCUUUCUGCUGUGCUCUUUCCAGGAAAUCUGCCAUCUUCAUCAUCUGCAGUUCAGACGGUGACAAAGUGCAGCAGAGUGGCUUUGAGAUUCAUUUUUUUUUUACGCAUGCGCGAUUGUCAUUUUUACCAAUGUUACCCAAACUCAUCCAAGUGACUGAGAAAUGCAAUGUCUGAUAGGAGAAGAGGCGAGAAAGUGAAAGAAAACUCUUGAACAUGUUUGGAAUUCAAUGAAGAACCUUGAAUGUCAUGGCCCUGUAGCCUUCACAGUAUCCUGAAGCGUCUGGAGAUAGUGUAAAAUAUAAGAAUACAGUUUACUACUUAAUAAUGUAAUCGAAUGCUUUUUACAUUCCACUUUGCUCUGAAUUUCACCUGCAAAAAUAAAGUUUAGUUUGGUAAUAAAA